AACAAAAGCUUAGCUGUAGGUUUAUAUAUAUAUAUAUGUGUAUACUUUUAACGAGUGUAUUAUUAAUAAAAAAUUUUUUAUAGUGAUGACAUAUCCAAGAUGGGUUUUUUAUUAUUUAAAAAAUAAUUAAAUUGUAUAAUAGCCGCCGGCAGAUUGUAAUCUCCCCAGUUGUGCAACACGGGCUGUAACGUUACCCGCGCUAGCCGCUAGGUUGCUACUUCCAGUCAGCGCCCGGCGGCUCCGUACGGCGGAGCGGAGAUGCGAAGCGAGCUGUCCGCCGUCUCGUUUGCGUGUCCAGCUCGGUAGGCGGGUGUCGACGGAGGGAAGCAGAUGUCAGGGGAAGAAUCGUAAAGUCUGGUUUCGCUCGCCGGCGGGGGCGCGUGAAAAGUCAGCAUCCUCAGCAGAGGUUUCUCUGGAAAAUAUUCCCAAGGCUCUUCCCGAGCCCCAAACGGGAUCAGGAUGAGCACGAUCCGUGUGGACGCCAAAGUGGUGAUGCUGGGAAAGGAGAGUGUGGGCAAAACCAGCCUGGUGGAGAGAUACGUCCACAACCGCUUCCUGCAUCCCUACCAGAACACUAUCGGGGCGGCUUUUGUUGCCAAACCAAUCCAGGUGGGAGAGAAAGUGAUAACACUGGGAAUCUGGGACACAGCCGGAGCCGAACGGUACGAAGCCAUGAGUCGGAUCUACUACAGAGGAGCUCGGGCCGCCAUCAUCUGCUACGACCUGACUGAUAGCAGCAGCUUCCAGCGAGCUCGCUUCUGGGUGAAGGAGCUGCAGAACUGUGAGGAGCUCUGUAAGAUCUACCUGUGCGGCACCAAGAGCGACCUGAUCGAGGCCGACCGCAGCCGGCGUCAGAUCGACUUCCACGAUGCUCAGGACUUUGCUGAAGAGAUCGGAGCGCAGCUGUUUGAGACGUCCAGUAAAACAGGAAAAAAUGUGGACGAGAUGUUCCAGAAGGUUGCAGAGGACUAUAACAGCACUGCCUUCCAGUACAUGACAGAAGACACCAACGUCAACUUGGAUCAGAAGAAAAACUCCAACUUCUACUCCUGUUGCCACGGUAACUGAUUCCUGGACAGCAGGACGGCAAACAGGGGCGUCGCGUUUCCUGGACACGCUGGGCGGCUAAAGCUGGAACAGAACUGUAAGCUACCUUCAUUUCGUGUGUGCCAUAACAAACUGAGGCCUGCAGCAAAGAUCUGCUCCUACAAGGGAUUAAGAGACGGACUUUAAUCCAGAAUAAAUGUCCACUCCUCCCAAGUAUCUCAUCUAAGAGGGGAAAACUUGCAGAAUCUGAGGCCGACGAGGGAGCGCUGCUGUUCACAGGAGCGAGUGCAGCAGACGUUUACAGAUGUUUGUGUUUUAUUUCGUUUGCUGUGGACUACAAAUGUAUUUGGGAGGGGCAAAACACUACCACGAACCCGGAGGAGCUUCAUGAAACGAAGCCAAAAACAUCAGCAGAGGCCUUCCCUCCAGACAGAAGCGGCUUUGAGAGCGUCUCUGUUCAUUUCCUGACAGAUUUGGAUGUAUUCUAGCGCACGAAAGUAUUCAAUCACAGACACAAAGCCUGCUUUAAAGAUGGGUUCUCAAGAAGAACCACGAAGACACUAAUUCAGCUCCCAGAAAAACACUCAAAAGCUCUGCCGCUUACAUCUGUGACUUCAGUUAAGAGGGAUAAACAGUUGCCGGUUCAAAUUCCAGAUCUCUGCGUUCUGCAUGGCCUGAAAUAAACUCAGUUUCCUUUUUUUUUCUCUCAGUUAUGAAAGAGCGGCAAAACCUUUACGAAACUUGGUUGUAAUCAUUGAGCGGCAGCAGGAUUUUAAGUAACAAACUGAAGUUACUCCUGUCUGUGGUAACAAACAGCAGAGCAACGUGUCGCAAUGUGGAACCAACAGCAACAUCUGGAGCCACAGUGAAACUUCAGCCAAGAUGGUUUAAGGCAGGCCAGUGGAAAUAAGACGCUCGCUUCUGGGUUUGGGACAUUUGGGACUUUCUGAUGCAAAAUAUUUUUACUGAAGACUGUGAAACAUUGAUGUGUAAAAUAAAUCUGGAAUGUUUCCGAUCUGGAGUUUUAAUAAAUGAUUGAUAAUGAGGGAAAACAACAA